AUGUCUACGAAUCGCUCAAUGAAUGCCGGGAGUUGGACAAAGCUGACUUUAACCGAGCUGAAGGACUUGUGUACAGCUUGUGGUCUCUCUGUGGAGGGUAAUAAAGAAGUGCUAGGCGAAAGACUACAAGCCUAUUUUGACAAAAGGAAGGAUAAAGGACCAGAGGCGAAGCUGAAAGAAAAUAAUAAAGGUCAAGAGUCAGGGGCCGGAGAUCCCAGAGAUAAGACAGGAGAAGCAGUAGAUGUGGAUUUGGAUACAGAUGGAGGUGGUAAUUUCAAGGAUGAUUUAGAUGAAGAAUCCCAAGAAGCGGAUAAUGGAAUUAGAGAGGAAUUCGAAGCAUGUUUUAAAAGAAAAGAGAAAGUAAAAUUAGUUCCUGUCAACAUUUUUCUGACUGCGUUAAGUAGCAUCAAGAGAAAGAUGGAUAGAAGUUUCUCUGUGUUGUAUAGGGAGAUUAAAGAUAGAAAUGAGUUAGAUAAGUACGAGUACGAAUUUUUGACGAAAAUUGGUAGACGUUUGGAUAAGGCAAUUAGGAUAUUGCUAGAUUCUACUAGAAAAGAAUUUGUUGGUGUACAUGAUGAAGUUGAAGCAAAGGCUGUUACAUUAAGACUAGCAGAUAACAAAGAGUGGAGUACCGCUCUGCAGAUAGUAGGGACUAGGGGUACAGAUGAAGGGCCCGUAGGUAUCAGCAAAAGAGAAGGAGAGAAUCAUCUACUUCAUCGGAUUCAGAAAGAGAUUAUUAUGAGAGGAGUAAGAAAAAGAAGAGAAAAAUUUUGUCCUUUUGGGCCAGAAAUUCCUAUGGCUACUCAGAUCGACAAGGAACAGUUACCUGCUAUAACUGCGGAGCCAGAAUUGACUACACUUGGGCUGGACUUGUAG